GAAGUCAUCAACACAAACACAGCACAGCACACACUGAUCCAUCAUAUCUAGUUAGGUACGAUGGCUGUUGUGAGGCAGCAGCAGGCCGUCGCCGUCGUGGUCGGGCUCGUGGUGGUGCUCAUGGCCACGGUAGCGGAGGGGUUCAUCUCUAGGAAGACUUGGCGAGCAGUCCGCCGGGCGAACCACGAGGGCCCGUUCGUGGGACUGGUGGUGCCCAACGCGUACGAGAUGGUGCCCGUGCUCAACUCCCCCGCCUUCAAGCCUAGCGCCACCAUCCCCAACCUGGACAUCCAAGGGCGUCGGUUUCGGUUUGGAAGCAUCGGAAACCAAAAGGUCGUAAUGGUCAUGACAGGGCUGAGCAUGCUUAAUGCCGGGCUGACGACGCAGCUGCUGCUGAGCUUGUUCGAGGUGAAAGGCAUCGUGCACUGGGGCAUCGCCGGCAACGCCAACGAGGACCUCCAGAUCGGCGACGUCACCAUUCCCGAGUACUGGGCCCAUCUGUCCCUCUGGAACUGGCAGCGGCACGGCGACGGUCCGGAGAAUGAGCUGCCCCUAGAGGCCGCCGGCGACUACACGAGGGAGUUCGGGUUCCUCAACUUCUCCGAUUACACCGUCGGGCAGGGAAACCCGGAGCUGGCGGCGAACACGCUGAACAGCAUCUGGUACCAGCCGGAGGAGAUCUUCCCUGUCUCCGGCACACCGGAGGAGCGCCAGCACGCGUUCUGGGUCCCCGUCAGCAAGCGCUACUAUGCCCUCGCCGAGAAGCUGGAGGGGCUCGAGCUGCCGGCGUGCGUGAACGCGACGACGUGCCUUCCCCGGGCGCCGAAGGUGACGCGGGUGCCCAGGGGGUGCAGCGCCAACGUGUACACUGACAACGCCAGCUACCGGCAGUUCAUUCGGUCCCAUUUCGGGUGCACCCCCGUGGAGAUGGAGAGCGCCGCCAUCGCGCUCGUGGCGCACCAGCUCGGCGUCCCCUUCCUCACCAUCCGCUCGCUUUCCGACCUGGCCGGCGGUGGCUCGUCGCUCAGCAACGAGGCCAGCACGUUCCUCACCAUCGCCGCACAGAACGCCGUGGACGUCAUGCUCAAGUUCGUGCCCCUCCUCGGCGGCGGCGAGCAGGCCGGUAUGGCCGAGGACAUGUGAGGCGGCAGCCAUGCCUUGUUGCACGAGCGUGUUUGAUGCGGUGUUUACGCGUGCGCGCGCCUUUGCUCACUUUGGUUGGGUGGCACAUGUGUCAACCAGCAGUUGGUCUGCGCGCAUGCCCAACUUGUCCCGUUGUUGAUCGAGUUUGAGACAAGGAAUAAGACUCGUGCUAAGCUUGUCC